AUGUUUUAUGCGGUGAUCUUCUUUAGCACUUUGUUGCUAAUCUUCAUCCUCGUAAGCAGUCGUUGGGGUCGUAAGCCACCGAAAUUUCCACCAGGACCUCGCUGGUAUCCCAUUGUGGGUUGUGCCCUCCAGAUUCAGCUGUGGCGUCAACGUCUGGGCAUGUUUUGUAAGGUCAUAGAUCUGUUGGCCAAGAAAUAUGUGAAUCCCUAUGGUUAUUAUGGACUCAAGAUUGGCAAGGAUAAGGUGGUUAUAGCAUAUACAAACGAUGCCAUCAAUGAAAUGAUGACCAAUGAAGAUAUCGAUGGGCGACCAGAUGGCAUAUUCUAUCGCCUAAGGACAUUCAAUUCACGCCUGGGUGUCCUUCUCACCGAUGGUGAGAUGUGGAUCGAACAGCGAAGAUUCAUUUUGAGGCAUUUGAAGAAUUUUGGUUUCGCUCGCAGUGGAAUGAUGGGCAUUGUUAACAAUGAGGCCAACUGCCUGCUGGAGGAUCUUAAGAGAAAAGUGCGGCUAGAGGGAGGCGGGGUAAAGGCCAAACUGGAAAUGCACGAUCUGACCAGUGUCUAUGUCUUGAAUACCCUCUGGUGUAUGCUCAGUGGACGCCGCUAUGAGCCCGGCUCACCGGAGAUUACCGAAUUGCUGGAAACGUUUUUCGAGCUGUUCAAAAAUAUUGAUAUGGUUGGAGCACUUUUCAGUCAUUUCCCUUUGCUACGCUUCAUUGCACCUGAUUUUUCCGGUUACACGGGUUUUGUGGACAGCCAUCGGGCGCUGUAUCACUUCAUGUCCAAGGAGAUUGAAUUGCAUCGUCAGAGUUUCCGGAAUUACGAUGAGCCCAGAGAUCUGAUGGACAGCUAUUUGAGGGCCCAGGAUGAGGGUAACGAUCCCAAGGGAAUGUUUAGCGACGAGAGUCUAUUGGCCAUUUGUCUGGAUAUGUUUUUGGCUGGCUCGGAGACAACAAACAAAAGUUUGGGAUUCUGUUUCAUGCAUUUGGUGCUACAACCAGAGAUCCAGGAGAAAGCCUUCGAGGAAAUCAAAGAGCAUGUGGGUCUGGAUCGCAUUCCCGAGUGGUCGGAUCGUCUGAAGUUGCCCUAUUGUGAGGCCAUCACCAUGGAGGCGGUGCGAUUCUUUAUGCUCCACACAUUCGGUAUACCCCAUCGGGCUGUCUGCCACACGCGUCUCUCGGGCUAUGAGAUACCAAAGGACACCAUGGUCAUAGCCUGUUUUCGUGGCAUGCUAAUCAACCCAAUCGAUUUUCCCGAACCUCUGACCUUUGAUCCCACACGCUACCUAAUCGAUGGCCAAUUAAAAUUACCAGAAGCCUUCAAUCCUUUCGGUUUCGGACGACAUCGCUGCAUGGGUGAUCUUCUGGGCAGGCAGAAUCUAUUCAUGUUUACCACAACCGUCUUGCAGAACUUCAAACUGGUCGCCCUACCAGAUCAAAUGCCAGAAGAAGUGCCAUUGGAGGGGGCCACGGCGGCAGUGAAACCAUACGAUGUCAUGCUCUAUCCCAGAGAAGGAGUCAAAAUUUAA